AUGAUUUUCUGCUCUUCAAAAGUUGGGAAUCUGCUACAGCCAAUAGAGCAUGUAUUCAUUAUAUAUUUAAGAGGUUGGGAUAAAUUUAUAAAUCAAGAUAUUCCAUUUUUAAAAAAUACAGUAUCUGGUAUAUAUAAUUUAAGUUCAAAUUUACAAGGAGAUGAUAAAUUGAAUUUUUUAAAUUUGAUAAAUCUAGGUAAUUUAGGUUCAUUUUUAAAUAAUGUGAAAUCCACACAUCAAGAACCAGAAUCUUUUGAUCAAUCAAUGGAUGAUUCUCAAGCUUAUUUAAAUUAUAUAAGAUCCAAAUUUGGUGAUGAUUCUAGCAAUAAUGAAUAUUCUUCAAAUAAUGUUGAUUAUGAAAAAUUAGUUGGUGAAGGGUUAAAUUAUUUAAAAGAUAAUGUAAAUAUUAAUGAUGUUGCUAAUAAUUUACAAGAUAUAUUAAAUAGAUUUCAAUAA